GUAGAUAGGGUUUUCUCUAAACUGCCAAGGAAUUUCACGGGCUUGCAUAUGGAUUCUUCCUUAUUCCGCCCAAGAGAUCGCCGCACCCCUACAAGCGGUACACCACGUCGCAUCCCUCCCAGCGGUACACCGCCGUUGCAUCCCUCCCAGCGAUACACCGCCGCCGCAUCCCUCCAAGCAGGACACCGCAGUCGCAUGUUUCCCAGCACACAUCGUCGUCGCCUACCUCCCAAUAGCAAUCUGCCAUCGCCGUAGUCUAGGGAACAAGCUAUAGUCGCUGCUCGGCAUGAAGUAACCACUGCCCCGAACAGCAAUCCGCCUUCUACUUAUUGACUCCUCUGCACAUAUUAAAGAUGAUUCCUCCGAUUAGGGUUGCCAAGGGUUCUGCUAAAGAAUUCUAUCAUCCAGGCCUGCCUUUUCAACCUGGGAGGAGAAGAACACAGCCAAUGAAGAGAAACGACAAAUUUAGCUGCGAAGAAUUGAACAGGCAUUCCGGGGCUUUUGUUUUGCUUUUUGAAAAAGUGGUGAUGAUGCUUUCUGCCGGUUAUUUCAGAAACAGGAGUGAUUUGCCAGGAGCUGUUUGGACAUACCCUAUAUCAGAUAUAGCAUUCCAUACGUACUCUAUCCAGGGAGUUUUGGAGAAUGAGUAUAUCGGCACGUCCUUCGCUGUGGGGCCUGAGAGGAGCAUAUCUGGUGAAGAGGCGAUCCGGAACGUUUAUCAAAUAUCAGGGGAUAGCAACGCCAAAUGGAAGCAUUUGUUGUCAACCAUACACAAUCCAUCAAUGUUUCCUCUCAAGGAAAAGACGAUAAAGAGCAACGAUUUUAGCCAUGGUCCCUCCCCGCCGCUUCCUUUUAGCCAUGGGCAAAGAAUCAGUCGAUGAAUAUUUACGCAAGCCUGUGGAAUGCACAUAUGGCCAAUCCUAGAGCAGCGGUGACAUGUGAUGAUUUAUUGCAAAAUUAUUGGUUUUGAUAAACUUAAGAAAGGAUGAUGAUACCUAUUGUAUGUAUUUUGAAUUUUGGUGAUGUGUAAUUUAAUUAUAUUGGAGUUAUGAUUUUGAUUUGUAUUAUGAGAUACCGAUAUCGUCAAAACGAAUGUUUAUACUCCCUCUGUCCCUUAAAACUUUGCCAGGUUUGACCGGCACGAGGAUUAAUAAAGUAAAAAC